UGUUGACUCUUUCACAUGCAGAGAAGUAGGUUACAGGGUUGCAUGCAAGUUGCUGUUUUUGCUACAUAACGAUUUUGUAAAGGAGAGCCGGUGCCAACAUCGUGUCUCAACAGGCAUGUUUCUACUAUCAAAGAAAGCAAGCUGCAAUCUGAAAUGCAUGGAAGGGAAUUUGCGUUGUCUGGAAAGUUAGGAGCUCAAGAAUCACUGCACUUUGGGUGAGACAAUGACCCAUGACUUUGACACUGUCAGGAUUAAGUUUUAAUGAGGAGUUCAUGAGCUGACGUUAUAUUUAGAGCUCAGUUGCUGACAUUUUACCUGGAGUUUCAAGUGAGAAAUCCUGCUUGAUAUGGAAGUGUUUCCAAGCAGCUGUUUGACUUGACACAGAAUCAAAAUCAGCACGUUGAGCAAUGCAGGAUUAAUGGACAGCAAGAGUGUGUCAUUCAAGGUACAAUGCCUGUACAAGGACCAUUGUUUUGGAAUGCAGACUUACAGGUAAUUGACAGCUUUUAUGGGUGUGUGUACUUGGCUUGUGUACCUAACAGCAGUGGGAGUUAAAGGUGUAACCAUAGAGCAUUUAGGAGGGAGGGGUGAAGUGGAGGUACAGCCAGAGGGAGAGUCAAAAGAGUGUGGAACUGAUAGAGGGGGCGAGGUUGUCAGGGAAAGGGAAAUGAAGGAGUAAGCAAGAUUGUCCCUGCAACAUAGACAGAUUCUCUCAGAGUACAGCUGACUUUAUAAGAAGACAGACAUGGUUGGAGACAAACUGGAGGAGAGAGCAAGGAGCGAGUGAGAAAAACAACAAGCCAUCAGCAGCCAACCUUGGCCACCUUAUCCUUUUCCAUCUAUAAACGGAAACCACUGGAUAAUUUAUAAGCCUCUCCCUCUCGCUCUGUGUGAGUGUGUGUAUGUAAGAGAGAGAGAGAGAGGGGGGGGGGAUUUGCUGAGCUUACCACCACCACCAUGCUGUGUCCUGCUGCUGUCAGUGCAGCUGCUGCGGCUGUCUGGCUGUUGGCAGUGCUGGGCCCAGGCUUGUCUCAUCCAGCUGAGGACAACUCAGAGGAAGGUUUCAGCCACUGCAGCCACUGCUUCUACAGACAGACGCCUCCUGAGGGAGCCUCUGCAGGGCCGCCGCUGCGCUCACUCUGCCACACACUUCCCGGGGGACAGACGUUUGCCACUCUGUCUAAGCCGACCUGUGACACAGCUGUCUACUCCGCCUUCCAUCUCAGUCACGGAUGGACAGAGGGAGAGGAGGGGGGAGAGCUUGUGACAGAAGAAGACAACAACAUCAAAGUACCAGCCCUUCUCAGAGGAGGUGUGGAUCCAUCUCAUCCUGUCUCGUCCACAGACUCCCCGCUUAAACACUGGGACUCAACAGUAGCAACACUGUUCCAAUCUAGCAUCAUUCCCCACUGCAACACUCUAGAGGGUGAUCUCUACAUCCUGACUGGGGCGGGAGGUCUCGGAGCUGCUGAGGAUGGAGACGAUGAGUGUCAGACGAAGCUGCUGUGGUCUGCAGUGUGCUGCGCUGCCCCAGAGGGGAGGAGUGGCUUCAGUAUGGGGUUAAUCAGAGAGGCAGGGGAAAGGGAGAAGCAAGUGAGUGUGAAGGAGCUGGAGGAGAUGCUAGGAGUGGCAGAGUUAUUCUCAGAAGACUGUGGAGGGGCAGAUGGGGAGACUGUUGGAAUCAGAGUUGGCUUGGGGGAGGUUGGUUCAGGUGUGACUGGAGGAGAGGAGGUUGGUUCAGAUGCCGGUGAGGGAGAGGAGGCUGAUUCAGAUGGCACUGAGGGAGAAGAGGCUGGUUCAGAUACUUCUGAAGGAGGAGAGGCUGGUUCAGAUAAUUCUGAACAAGAGGGGGCUGGUUCAGAUGCCACUGAACAAGAGGAGGUUAGUUUAGGUGCCACAGAAGGAGAAGAAGUUGGCUCUGCUCCCACUGGAGGAGAGGAGGUUAGAUCAGCUGCCACAGGAGAAGAGGACGUCCGCUCAAGUGCCGCUGGAGGAGAGGAAGUCGGUUCAAGUGCCACCAGCCAAGAUUCGACUUCAGAGGGUAGUGCUGAAGAGCAACGUGAUGGGAGGUAUUCAAGCGCUGCCAGAUCACAGUCCCCUAAGUCCUCAGCCGACUAUGAAACUGUGGAUGAACAAGAGACAGACACAAAUUCCAGCAGCAUGUUGGUCUACAUUCUCUCCACCACCAUGUCUAUCAUCAAAGCUCCGCUGCGGCCUGUGUUCUCCACCAUCACACAGUUACCUGGACAGGUGUCAUACGUUCUUCAAGAGGAUCUUGGAGUUUUGUCUGCCCUACCUGGAGAAACCUUCUCCCUGCUCCACCUCUUGACCUCUGACCUCUUUUCUUGGAUUGGCUCAGCUGGAGAAACAGUACUUGGUAUUGGGGGAACGUGCUGCUCCAGCAUCUACUACUGCUCCUCCUCCAUGCUGGGGGCCCUGCUGAACAGCUGCCACACUGGGGUCACCGGCGUGGGGACCCUGGCCGGAGACACAGUGGGGAUAUUUGGUGGUGCGUUGGAUAAUGUUUGGUGGGUGACCAAGUUCUUUGGAGGGCGGCUGUGGGAGCAGAGCGAGGGUUACGUAGGAACGGUGGUGUCAGAGAUGGGAGGUCAGGCAAAGGCUGUAGGUGGAGGGAUGGGGAGGCUAGCGUGGAGAAGUGGAAAUGGGGUGGGUAAAGUGUUUAGGCUGGGAGGGGGGGUAAUAAUGGGGGUGGUGGAUGUGCUCAUUGGUGCGGUGAGAGGAGCUUUUGGGGAGGAGUCAGAAUAAAAAAUGCAGGAAGUCACCAUGACACCACGAGUAAAAAAUGUUCAAAUGUUUUCUCCAGUUUUGUUUUGUAAAUUUCUUUAGCACAUAAGAGUGUGGAACAAAGGGGAAUAUUUCAGUUUGAUGUCAUUGAUAUGCCUUAUUAGUUGUUAUAGAAGGAUAGCCACAUGUUUUGAAUCAAAUUUAGCAAAUUAGAAUUUGUUAUACUGCAGGUCUUACACUUCACUGUGGCUGGCUGUCCAACUAUUCUGCUGCUGGGAUAAGUAACCCAACUGUAAUUAUAAAGAAACACUGUGCACAAGGCUUUUGGAUGUAAUUAUUCAAAAUAAUUCUUGUAUGAUAAUUGUUAUGAUGAAUGUUUGCUUACAUAUGCAUUUUAUUAAAAGAGAAUGCUUAGCUUCUUGUA